GAUGACGUCACCUAGUCUGACAGUUUUGUGGGUUGUGCUUCUAGCGGAAAAGAAAGUGCUAUUGAGCGGAUGUCCUGAGCCCGGUGUCUUAUCAGCACAAGACUUUUAGUAACUUGCCUACUCCCUGCACCAGUUCCCCCCUUGACUGCCUUCAACCAAGGGGUUGAAGCACACAUCCAUCCAGCACAAUGUCUUACGGAAAAACAGACAACUAUCGCAGCCCUCCCCGAGACUUCAACAGCCUCAUCCAAACAUGCAGCUCCAACAUUCAGAAAAUCACACAAAACACGGCCAAUAUCAAAAGCCUGGUGAAUCAGCUGGGGACGACGCAGGACAACAGUGAACUCCAGGAUAAGCUCCAACAGAGUCAGCACUACACAAACCAGCUUGCAAAAGAGACCAACAAACACUUGAAAGACCUCGGCUCCCUUCCUCUACCCAUAUCACCCUCUGAACAGAGACAACAGAAGAUUCAGAAGGACCGGCUGAUGAACGAUUUCUCGGCAGCCCUGAACAACUUUCAGGCCGUGCAGCGACGCGCAGCGGAGAAAGAGAAGGAGACGGUGGCCAGAGCGAGGGCCGGCUCACGUCUCUCGGCUGAAGAUGGCGGCAAUGAUGAGCAGCUCGUUUCUUUCGAUAACCAAGAUGAUUGGGCUCAGACUACCACACAAGUAGAGGAAAUGGCCAUCACAGACGAGGACCUGGAGCUCAUCAAGGAGAGAGAGACCAACAUCCGACAGCUGGAGUCAGACAUCCUGGACGUUAACCAGAUUUUUAAAGACCUUGCUGUGAUGAUCCACGACCAGGGAGAAAUGAUUGACAGCAUAGAGGCGAAUGUGGAGAACGCAGAGGUCCACGUGGAGCGGGGAGCAGAGCAGCUUCAGAGGGCCGCCUACUACCAGCAAAAGUCCCGCAAGAAGAUGUGCAUCCUGGCCAUGGUCCUGUCCAUAGUCCUCACCAUCCUGGGCAUCAUCAUCUGGCAGGCCACGGCCAACUGAAGAGGUCCCUCUCCGUCUCUGCCGUCUCACCAUCUGUUUCUCUUCCUCCGUCAAGCAAAAACAAAGCACUCGGUUCUUUAUUUAAGUGAUGCCCUCUCUGUCAACCUCGGCUGCGUUCCUACAAAACACCAUUGUGCUACAUCCAUCGUGAAAUGAGAGAGAGAGAGAGAGAGAGAGAGAGAGAGAGAGAGAGAGAGAGAGAGAGAGAGAGAGAGAGAGAGAGAGAGAGAAAAAGUAAGAGUAUUAUUUUGAAACACUCUUAGUUACGAUGGCUGUAAUGCAGUAACACCUUUGUGAAACGCAACCCUGCUUGAUAUGCCAUGUACAGCCAGACUGCACGCUUUGGGUGUGGCACAGGCUUCAAAAACAGGUUUUUUUUUCCUUUUCUUUCUUUUUUUUUUCCUUUCGUCUAAGCUAAAGCUAGCAUUUCAGUUACUCUAUUUAAAUUAACGUAAACGAGCAAGGCUGUGUGAUGGAGUUUGGAGCGAGAGUGUCUUCUAAUGAAAUGAUUAAUCUAACAUUUUGAUUCUUGUCUAUUUACUGCACUAACACUAACGUUGUCGUAACCACACAGGCGAUUUACUGUUGAUAUCGCUAUUUAAUGUCCUUGUUAUAAACAACUAAAAAGGGUUAGGGAUCGCUAAUUCCAUAGUGAAGAUUGCGUUCCGCACAAAUACUUGUAAAUUCCAUUUUUUGGGGGGAAAACUGUAGUUUUGUUUUUUUUUGUUAUGGGUUUUUUUUUCUGUAAAGGUUCACGUUCCAAUAUUGAAAACUCUUAAUAUUGCCACACUCCAGAAAUUCAGUUCUGUUAAAAAAAAAAAAGAGAGAAAAAAAAUCAUGUUUUAACAAAGAUGUAUGAAUACAGAAAACAACGGAGGGAUUAGCAUUGCAGUGAUACCAGAGGGAUUAGCAUUGCAGUGAUACCAGAGGGCUUGCUGUGUCUGCAUACGUUAGUGUUCAUACACUAGUGCCCCAUAUGGAGAGGAAAUAUUUAAUGAAUUUGGACUGUUAUUGUUGGAGUUGCUAUAUGCCCAUGUUGUAAAUGAUGGUGACUUUUGAACUGCUUAAUAUAUGGUGGUGAUUUCUGCAAAUGUCUUGUAUAACUGACGUCACAAACAGAUUGUUGUAAGGAAUGAUUUAGAUCUGUACAUAGGCAAAUGGGAAAUGUUACUGAUAAGAGGUUGUAAAGGACAAAAAAAGAAAUGGACCUACACUUUUAAAACAAGCAAAAGUGAUUGUCUACUUGUUUUUUAUGAUUUCUACUUCUAGAGUAUAAGUAAAACAGUGUCUUAAGAACCA